ACGAAGGCAUGGCGAGCACCGAGACCAGGAGGGAGUGUGAGACCGAGGGCUGCAGCCAGGACGCCAAGCUCCAGUGUCCCACAUGUAUCAAGCUCGGUAUUCAAGGCUCCUAUUUCUGUUCCCAGGAAUGUUUCAAAGGGAGCUGGGUGUCUCACAAGUUCCUGCACAAGAAAGCAAAGGAGGACAAGAACCAGACUGAACCCAAUAAUUGUGUGGAGAAGGAUAUAAACAUAGACCCAUGGCCAGGCUACCGCUACACCGGCCUACUACACCCUCACUACCCUCUGACUCCCAUGAGGCUUGUACCUGGUGACAUCCAAAGACCUGACUAUGCUGAUCAUCCCAGAGGUGUGUCUGAGUCUGAGCAGACCCUUAAGGGGACGUCACAGAUCAAGGUCCUUUGUCCUGAGGACAUUGAGGGCAUGAGAGUUGUGUGCAAGCUGGCAAGAGAAGUCCUGGACAUUGCAGCCGUGCUGGUGAAACCAGGUGUCACAACAGAAGAAAUCGACCAUGCUGUGCAUCUGGCCUGUACAGCGAGGAACUGCUACCCAUCCCCUCUCAACUACUACAACUUUCCCAAGUCCUGUUGCACGUCUGUCAAUGAAGUCAUCUGUCACGGCAUCCCUGACAGAAGACAGCUACUAGACGGAGAUAUCCUCAACGUGGACAUCACCGUCUACCACAACGGUUUCCAUGGUGACCUGAAUGAAACCUUCUAUGUCGGAGAGGUGGAUGAAGGAGCAAAGACGCUGGUUCAGACCACAUAUGAAUGCCUUAUGCAAGCCAUUGACUCUGUGAAGCCUGGUAUUCGUUACAGAGAGUUGGGUAACAUCAUCCAGAAGCACGCUCAGGCCAGCAGCUUCUCUGUGGUGCGGAGCUACUGCGGCCACGGCAUCCACAGACUGUUCCACACUGCUCCCAAUGUGCCACACUAUGCCAAAAACAAAGCGGUUGGAGUUAUGAAGCCGGGCCAUGUGUUUACCAUUGAGCCCAUGAUAUGUGAAGGUGGCUGGCAAGAUGAGACGUGGCCAGACGGCUGGACAGCGGUGACCAGAGACGGCAAGCGCUCUGCUCAGUUCGAACACACCCUGCUGGUGACGGAGACCGGCUGCGAGAUCCUCACCCGCCGCCUGGAGGAGGAAGGUCGUGCUCAUUUCCUGAGCCAAGUGUAGGCCGAACCAGAACACACCUAGGGACUGGACUUUGUGGACACAGACACACCCAGCACAUCUGGGUCUCACACACAGACACUCACACAUCUCAAACAAGAGGCACCACUCCUGGAGCUCAGUGUAACUGUGGCUCUCAUUGUUCUGUGCAUUAAAUAUGGGUUCCUCAAACUAAAUGGAAGUACUUGAAUGUGUCUUAUAUCAAAUGUGGAUUGCUUAUUAGUGAAAAUUGUCUCUUUAGAAGGAACUAGAAGGAGUAUUUAUGAGAUUAUGCUUUGCUUCUUUUCUGUCAUCCUCUGCAAGCUUGAUCAGAAUUCCUCUGAAUUCACCAGAGAGACUGAGAAGAAACAGCAGCAGUAGAGUCCCAGGAAACGGGGUCAGCAAGUCACACAAGCUCAAUAUGUCAAAACUUAUUGUAGAGUUGGAACAAAACCCGAGGCUGAAAACCCUACUUAACAUUUAUAGCCAGCACAACAUACAUAAUUGAUAACACACCCUGGUGGAGUUGAUGUAAGUAUUUAUUAAUGUGUUCAUCAACAACUACAACUCGUCCUGUGGGCAUCCACAACAAGAUGCUUGUAUUUAGACGUAAUGAAUGGAGAAAAAAAGUCGUGAUUGUUGACAAAUACUGUACAUUAAUAAACUGUCAUUUAAGUGUUUCCACAAUUAAGAUGUCAAGUCAACAACUUGCAACAAGUUUGAAUAUUUAAAGAAAGGCUUACACGUUUUCUAAUGGGCCAUCUUAACAGAACAAUGCUGGAAAAGUUUGACAUUUUAGGGAAUAUACUUCUUUGCCUUCAUGCUGAAAUUGGUACUCUAAUCUGUUUGUUAAAUAUGAAACUAGAGCCAGGAGAUAGUUAGCCUAGCAUAAAGACAGGAAAUAGGGGAAGCUGCUAGCUGUGCUGUCCAAAACUUAAUAAAAACACCAGGCUAAAUCUUUGUAAAGUGGUAAAAAAAACUGCAAUCUGUGGUCUACUGGGGCUUAUGUUCACGUAACCUCUUGUAGAAACAAUUAGUCUUUUUAAAAAGCACCUCUACAACUCACUAAUAUGAAAUUUAAUUCUGGAUCUGUGUUAUUGUGUCACAUGCAGAAAUUACAAUUUGUGGUUUUAUUACAGUAAAUUGAUGUAUUAAUGAACUUUGGUCUGGGGGAUGCUAGCAGUUUUUUCCACUUCCUGCCUUAUUGUAAGUUAGGCUGAGCAAAUGUUGCUGUCUCUUUGGUCAAUAUUUAAGGAACUUAUGUGAGGGCUAUCAAUCUGAUGCAGAUUUUACAGAAUAGGAAUAAAACAAAGUUGAGCUCAGACUUUCAAGUGUUGAACUUGUUUCUCUGCUUUGUUGUCUGUUGUUGUUUCUGAACAGCCUGGGUGUAGCAAAUCGAGCCUUAAUGUGUAAAUCUAGGAAUUAAAAUUUGUCAGAUGUGUCUCGGCACAUUUACUGAUGUUUCCCCUUAUAUCUCGAAAGUCACCAUUUAUCUUGAUGUGGGGAUUUUUUUUCCUGGUGUGAGCAGAAUUCAUUAUUUCUACAUUUUCAGAGGACUUAUGUGAUCCCAGUCUCUGUCAUCUUUGUAUUUCUUCUAAAGGAGUAAUAAAUGACUCUUCUGUAGCUCUGUA